CCUGUCAACCAUACCGCCUGACGUGACAGACCAUUAAAUGACCCAGAGCGACACCUACUGUCCAAGUUUGGUACUCACCCUCCCAUCCACUGCAUCGUACCACGGGACUACCAAGCGGCCAUUGGUGCUUUGGAGGGUUGGAUUUUUAAUCAAAACAGCAAGAUAAUUCAUUUGGAAAACAGAAAAGUUGGCUAGCGAUGUGAUCAAGGAGAGGGGCAGUGAUGUACGACAAUCUCCCAUGGCAGCCAGUGGCCAGCACCGUUCCAGCCUAUAAGAUGUUACAUUUAAAUAGUAAAGCGUUGGUGAUUAUAUUAAUCGGAAUCAUUCUUGGACAAAAUCAAUCAGCUGCUCAGUUUGGAAAUUUUCGCGAUGAUAACGGUGGAUUUCAAGGCCGACAGAGUUUUCAGGGACUGCAAGGACUACAAGGACUACAAGGACAAGGACAAGGACUACAAGGACAAGGACAAGGACAAGGACUGCAAGGACUACAAGGACUGCAAGGACUACAAGGACUACAG